AUGACCUUGCUGGAGGAGCCUCCUGCCUUCAAUCUCACUGAGACCGAUCGCCAAGUCCUCGCUCAAACCGACGAGGAGUUCGAGUAUCAUGAUUGGGAGGCCCUCAAAGAUAUCAUUGCACGAAAUGACCUCGGCGUGUUGAAGCGGAAACCGUCCGAUCUUAUCCGAUACCUGGCUUGGGCCAAGGACAUUAAGACCCAGUAUGGGUCUAUCACUGCAUAUAUCUGUCUGCAUCGCCUUCAUUGGCAUUUGCCGGAUCCUACUGCCAACGGCGGUACUGGGGAAGCCAAUAGUGGGCCGGUCUUCCCCUUCAAUAACCCGAUCCCAUUUGCCGACCCCUCCGACUACAAGAUCCUUCGCAAUGACUGGCCAUAUGGGUGGACACCAGGGAUCUCUCAUCUGAUCGUGUGGCUGAAAACUCCAGUAUCUGUCCACGGGGAAGAUGGCGAUGUAACUGAAGAGUCUCGAUCACUGAUCGAAAGAUUUGUACAGAAAACCUUUGUGGAUCGUCUGGCAAGAGAGAGGGAUCGAUUUAGAGAUCCGUGGGCUCAUGUGCUGUGGUUUAAAAACUGGACUGCGCUGCAGAGUGUGAGGAGCUUGGAGCACAUACAUGUCCUUCUGAAGGAUGUUCCUGAAUACAUUAUUCGUGAGUUGACGGGGGAGGAUGCUAGACACCUUGGUUUGGACCUGGGAAAGCCAUCAUAG